AUGGAGGAAGAAGAUCCUGUAGUACAAGAGAUACCUGUGUAUCUCUCACAGGCAUUAGCGGAUAACUUGUACAUAUAUCAGUAUCCAGUGAGACCGGCCAACAGAGACUGGAAAGACGUUAAAGUUGUGAAUGCAUCUGUUAAACCUAAAAACAAAAUGGUUAGAUUAGAAAUCGGUUUAGACACGUAUAGUGACAAAUAUUGUGAAUCUAAAGGCGAACAAAUUGCUAUUAAUACUGAUGGACAACAGGAGUCUUCGUGGCACGUAAAAGAGAAGGACAAGUCACAAUACUUCAAGCGUGGCAUUAUGGACAAAAUUGUAUAUGAGAGCAGUACUCCUUGUGCAGAAAAUGACCAUUAUGCAGUUGCUGUACUACAAGAUAAAGAGCUACAUUGUACACCUAUACAAGGUAUUAUUCAGAUGAGGCCGUCAUAUUCAUAUUAUGACAAACAAGAUAAACGUAAACAGGAUAAGAACAAAAAUGACGAUUCUGAUGAUGAAGACAAUGAGCCUGUAGCCAAACAGGUAACUGUAAAAUUCGCGCGUCAAGAGACUGAAGUUUCGAAGAAGGCAAAAGAGAAGUCCUUUGAGACGAUGUCACAGCGCAUCGCCGACGAGUUCUGGUAUGAUGCCCUAUGGAAACCUUCUGAUACCGAUCAUGCUGAGCUGGAGCGCCUUAAGUUAUUCAGCGCGACAACCUCGGAUGGAUCUGCAUUGACAGUUCGAGCUCGCGAGUACAUUCGUGACCUCGUGCCCCCACCGCCCCCUGACGAAGCCGACACCGCACCCACCAAGAUUCCAUCGCCUAGUGACCAGAUCAAAGAUAUACUUCUAAGAGCAAAACUCAUGACAUUCAACGAUCUCCGCGCGUUUGUCCGCACUGAUGACGGCCCUAUAUCGGAGAGCGCCCUGUUGUCUGCGCUGAGCGGAGCGGCGUGCUGCGUGCGCGGCCUGUGGGCGGCGCGCUCGCCCGACCUGUACACGCGCGCCGCGCCCGUACCGCCCCGCCUCAUGUGUGCCGCCAGAGACCACGUGCUUUAUCUCUUCACACAACAUCCUUACGUGGACAGACGAAAGAUAGCAGCAGCUGUGCGCUUACCGGCCCCACAAGUUCUAGAAAUCAUCAGCUCUGUCGCCAAGUUCAACGAGCGAGUCGGCUGGGAGCUCCUCAUACCACCGGAUACGGCCUUCGAAGCCAAGUACCCUGACGUUGUUCAACGUCAAAACUUGUAUUGGGAGGCGAGGCAGAGGUUGUUCAAUGAAAUGUUGAUAGGUGAAAACGUGCCUAAGAGACAAAGGAAGAAAUCUCAGCGAGACUCGGUCAGCUCAGAUACUCUGAUGAGUCCGAAACCGAGGUGUAACAGUGUUAGUGAAGAAGAUGGAGAUAGAAAGAGACCUAAAAAUAAAUCUGCCACAGGCAGUGGAAAAAGGACUAGAAAUAUGAGUUCAAGUAGUGCACAAGAUGCAACGUGA